AUGGAAGGCAGUCCCUUUAAUCGGAGUGCACUAACGCGCCGCAGCCCGCCGCCAACGCCCUCGUCUCAACCCCCCGCGCCCGCAGAGUCCCUUCAGAACGAGGAUCCUCCAGAUGUGGUAUCCACGCCUGAGAUCCAGAACUGGAUGAGUGCAAUAGAACAAUGCUUGAACGAGGUAUGUGCUAUUUCUACCGAAGGCAAGCUAAAUUCAGACCAAAAGCUCAGAAUUAGCACUUUGUGCCGAAAAGUGGCAAAUGGGACGUCUCAAUUGGCAGUACAGUACCAGUCCCUAAAACAAAAAGCCGUUCAAGCAUACUCAUCCCUUAAAGCACUUAAAGAAAAUCAAGACCUGUCGCAGCGACUUCAAGACCUAAAGCAGCGUAUUGAAGAAUCAACAAACCCUCUCUCAAGUACAGUUUCUUUUGCAGACAUGGUAAAAAAAAGCUCCAAUAAUUUUGUUCAGCCUAAUAAGAUAAGCUCUGUAGCAAUUUAUCCUACUGACAAAUUGAAAUCUAGUGAUGAAACAAAAAAUCUGGUUCAAAAAAUUAUCCGACCUGAAGAAAUGAAACUGCACGUAAGAGGGUUACGCAAAACUAAGAACGGCGGUGUUAUUAUAAGCACUGACUCCAAAGACGACCUAGAAAAGCUGAAACAGGUGGCCCAAUUAAAAACCUCCGGCCUUACUGUUGACGAGCCACAUAAGCGCAAACCCAGAAUUGUGAUUAUUGGUGUGCCUACAUCUUUGCAGGAAACCGAAGUAGUGAACUGUAUAUUUCAACAAAAUUUAGCCGACAAGCUGCAGGGUAUGUCUCUUGAGUCAUUUUUAAAUAAUAUUAAAUUAAGCCAUAAGUCUGGAAAGAAAAAUACCGAGUCCUGCAAUUACAUAUUUGAAGUCGCUCCACGUAUACGUAAGGCCCUAAUAACCAACGAUAGAGUCUUUGUCAACUGGUUGUCGUGUCCUGUAAGAGAUUUUACUCUAGUUACUAGGUGCUUUAAAUGUCAGCAAUAUGGUCAUGCUGCCAAGACCUGCCGGGAGGAGGCCACCAUCUGCGGCCACUGUGGUGAAGCCGGUCACACAAUAAAGGACUGCACUAAGAAGACCGAACCUCCUAAAUGUGCUACAUGCUUGCAUUUCAAGAAGACCUGCGACCACCAAACAGGAGAUUUUAAUUGUCCCGCGAGAAAAAUGGCCGAAAAAAGGUACAUUAAUUCAAUAGAUUAUGAAGGCGCCUAAGAGCGUCACUCACUAAUUUUACUU